UGAGGUCUGUCCCUUCAGGGACAACCUGGACCCCUUCUGCAUUCCAGUUGCAUUAAUCCAUAAUAUUUGGGGAGGGAGCAAAUCUGCUUCCCCCUCAAUACUUGGCGAGGUGUUAAGAUGAGUCCUCCCUGCUGAGGGCGCUGCAAAUCCCGGUUGCUGCCCCGCCUUCCCUCCACCUGCACUUCCGCCCCGCCCACCCGCUGCGGUUCCAGGUGGUCGUCUCCAAUAGUUCCCUAGUAUAAGCCUCACUGCGGUGGCACAGUGUGGGCCCCCGUGUGUAGAGGUGAGUAGACAGAUGCCCGCUGGAAGGACUGGGAUGUACUGUAGGGGAGGCUCCCGACACGGGAGCGGAAAGGACUUGUACCCCAGGGCUGCCUGGAGCCUGGGGUGUCCCUGGAGCCAAAGCUUUUUCUGAAAGAGGCCAAGGCUCACCGAUGUCAUCAGGCCUCUCCAUGACUGAAGCAAACCAAACCGAGUUCUCAGUGUACAACACCACCACGUCGUCAACGACGGCCUCUGGACCAGGCACCGGAGGCCGGGCAUGGCCUGUGCUGGUAGGGGUUUUGCUGGGGGCAGUGGUCCUCUCCCUACUCAUUGCCCUUGCUGCCAAGUGCCACCUCUGCCGCCAGUACCGGGCCAGCUACCGGCAUCGCCCACUGUCCAGACCAGAGGGUGGGAACCGCCCACAGGUGGGUGAAGAUGAAGAUGAUGAUGGCUUCAUCGAGGACAAUUACAUUCAGCCUGGGGCUGGCGAGAUGGAGACUGCAGGGAGUCGGGACCACUUUUCUCUCUGAGCCCCAUCUUUGGACACUCCCCACUUCCCUCCAUGCCUGGCACUUUAGAGACAGCGAUGCCUCAAACCUCAGGGUCAGAAGUGGCUAGAACUUAAAGCUUGCCCAGGGGCUGUUUUCUGACACCAGUGUCAAAGUGACAAUUCUGCUUUUCAGUAACUCCCCGUGGCUUCCUGCUGUCCCAGGAUAAACCCUGGCAGGGCACGACUGUGGGGAAGGCCCCCGUGUGCAGACCUCUUGGUUCCCUUUCCUCGCCUCCCUCCUCCCUGCCUUACUGAGUUUUUACCACAGCCGCCCGCUACUUGGGUGGCUUUGUUCUUCAUCAUGAUGGCAGCCCUGAUCUAAAAAGUCCCAGGAUUUCACACGUGCCCCGGCAGGAGAAGACCGUGCCAAAUUUCUUACUGAAAAAUUUUUUCUUAUCAAAAUAAAGUAUGUGAUUUGGUUAUAAUAUGUUUUUCACAGGAAUUAAUAAAUCUAUUUUCAUUUUGGAUUAACAGAAGAAGUUGUCCCUUUUAUAUUUUCUCUGAUCCUAAACGCAUUGCUGGAAGAUGCUGCCCAGAUCUCCUCUCCUCCAGGGUACCUCCCAUGAAUAUCUCUCUGGUCACAGUUUAUUUUAUCAAAGUAA